AUGUCAGUCCUCAAGCACUGCCUAUUGCUUCUUGCGACGGCAAACACAGCUUUAUCUUUUACUGCUAGAGCUUCGUACAACUUCUCACAGGCUGCUAUUGAGAAUGGCGAUGCCCUUGCCAAGCUUAACGCCGAUGCGAACCAAGCGGCUAGGGCUUUGAAUUUGGAAUUGACACGGCAGGGUAUUAAUACUUCGUGUUCAGCCGAUAAUAUUCAAGUCCGAAAGGAAUGGAGAAACAUUCCGGCCGAAGAGCGCAAGGCUUUUGUUGCCGCAGUUCAGUGUCUUCAAGCUUCUCCUUCUUUGAAUGACCCUGUCAAGCUUCCUUCUGCAAAAUCUCUUUAUGAUGACUUUGUUAUAACGCACUUUAACCAGACUGCUAAUAUUCAUUGGACGGGCACUUUCCUUUUAUGGCAUCGGUAUUUUACUUGGACCUACGAGCAGAAGCUUCGCACGGUCUGUGGAACCUUCCCCUAUUGGGAAUGGGGUUAUGAUGUCGAAGACCCGGCAGCAUCCCCUCUAUUUGAUGGAUCGGAGACCUCAAUGGGCAGUGAUGGUGCCUUCUUCCUUCACGAGGGAUACAAACUUGUGCAGAGACUCUCCAAAACCCUCAUCAAUCUUGAGCCCGGCACAGGAGGUGGAUGCGUAAAGUCCGGCCCGUUCGUCAACAUGACAGUCCAUGUCGGACCCAGAGCCAUGUUGACAUUCGGCUCGACAAAUGCCACGUCUGUGGAGAACCCGUUGGACGACCACCCCCGUUGCCUCAAACGUGAUCUCAACAAGCAUGUCGGCAAGAAAUACUCUUCCUUCUUGAACUCAACGACCCUUAUUCUCGAUAAUGACGAGCACGAGAUGUUCCAGGCUGUUAUGGAGGGAGACGAUAGAUUUGUGGACGGUCAACUAGGCGUACACGGUGGUGGCCAUUACAUCAUUGGAGGCGAUCCCGGAUCGGAUGCAUUCAUUUCAGCUGGCGAGCCAGUCUUCUACCUCCAUCACGCCCAGAUCGAUCGGUUGUACUGGAUCUGGCAGAUGCUCGACUUCGCGAACAGACAGGUAUGCCAUGCCCUCAACCCGAUCUGGUCUCUAGUGAUGCUCUUUCUCACUGCAGACAUUUAUAACAUGGGGGUUUCCGGCACCGAGACAAUGCAAAACAGCCCGCCCAGUCGUAAUGUUACUGUGGAAGACACCAUUCAUCUUACUCCUAUCGGGGGACCAGUCAAGCUCAAGGACUUGAUGAGUACUGUCGGAGGAUCACCAUUCUGUUAUGUCUACGAAUAA